AUGAGUGUAAGCCAUGUCAUCCGGACGGCAAGUUCCUAUCAAGACAUCACCGACCAAUCUGAAGCCCAAGAAGAUGCACGCUCCCUUGACUUGCGCAAGUCUUUGCAAGACGAGCUGAUGCAGGCUUCCGAGACCGAAGAGGAGGCCGAGAGUCCUGAGACUGCCAAAGCGGAGACGAAGGGAGCCAAUCCUUCUCUUCCUGAGGAUGACGAUGAUUCCGGCGAGGAUGAGAUAUGGUACGGAAACGAUGAGGGUCCUCCAGAGCUGGGUGGCUCCGAGGACGACGAGAGCGAGGAGAGUUCCUUCAUGGACGAUGAUGAGAUCGAGGGAGCAGCUGCACUGCGCAGCGAGCAGGAAAGUCAAGAUGCGAUACUGGACUGGUGGUGCCAACGCCAGCUGCUCCGGAUACUUAGACGCCUGGUCCGCCUACCGAAGGCCGGGCCAUUCAAGGAGCCGCUCCCUUGGCAGGAGCUGGGACUUGAAGACUAUCCUGAGGUCAUCACGAAUCCGAUCGAUCUUAGGACCAUUGCAGAACGACUCGACACUGGCGACUACCAGGAUGAGGAGGGCUUCGUCAACCCCGACUUCUUCUGGCAGGACAUCGCAGCGUGCUGGGAGAACUGCAAAAUCUACUACGAGGAGGAUCCUGAGAUUGAGGCCGUUCGCAUGGCGGAGGAGAUGCGCCUGGAUGCUGAGAAGAUGGAGGAGGAGUUCUGGCGGGAUCUGGAAAAGUUUGAAGCUUCUCUGGAUCGCGUGAAAGGGGCGGCUUUGAGCAAAGUCGCUGCAGUUGCCGACGUUGCCAAAGGAGCGGUCGAGGAUGCUGCCAAGCAAGCCAUGCAAGAGUCAAAGAAGCUCGCUAAGCGUGCACAAGACUGGUGGAACAAACUCCGUGGGAAGAAGGGUGAAGAGCUGCAAGAGCAGCGGGACAUCCAAGUUCUCGAGCUGGCCAAGAACGAGAAACCCCGUCUUCGCGAUCAUUUCCUGGAGAUGCUGAAGCUUCGCUUCCGGAUGGAUGGCUGGGAGGACCUCCUGGGAAUAGAAGAGGAGGUGAUCGUCGGAAUGCGUCAGCAUUGGCCCUUCCUGGAGGAGGAGUCAGACCUUUUGGACUACCCAAAGCCACAGCCAGCCUCGCGCUACGCGCUGGAACACAUCGCUGUGGAGAGGCUUCUGCCCACCAAGUACGUUGCCUGUAUCCAAGGCGGCACCGAAAGGCGUCCAAAGCGCGGCGAGUCUUUGGCCAGCUCCAGGAGCAGCAUGCGCUCCUCCCGGACGCUUCCAGGGUCACGCCGGAAUUCUGUGGAGAGCUCCCGAGCGGGUUCUCGCGGAGGAUCGAGGGCGCAAUCGCCAGCGAGGUCCGAAACUUCUACGAGCAGGCACACGCCGAGAUCUCACAGGUCCGACGGGUCGCUGUCGGCCUUCUCGCAUGGCUCGGAGGGCGCCAAGUUGAUGACGCGGGCCGUCCGAGCAUCCAUCCUCGAGACUGGUCUAACCGAGGUUCCUGGCGUCGACACGUCCUCGGAGUCCGACCAACCCGGUAGUGCUGCGGCCCCCUCUGUACAGCGACUGUCGACGUUGAUGCCUCCAAGAGGUCAGCGGCCCUCAGUCGUGCCUGAAGCGUCGAUCAAACUCCUGGGGCAGCAAUCUGGGUAA